AGAAACUCAAAACGCAUGAAAUUCCAACAACUGCCGCCAACCGGAGACGCCUCCUGUUGUUUCCAUUCCACCGCUACUACCAUGGAAUCCCACCUCACGCGUACCCCACACCGUCGGCGCAUGUUAGCAACCACCAACCCACCACCACCACCACCCCUGCAUGAACACGGCCAUAACGACGAAGAGAAAUACAGAUACGAAGACGAUAUCUUCCUCAUAGAAAAACCAACAGGCUGGUUAGUCCAGCUCAUCACCUUCAAUUUAGAAGCCAUCUCCUCAGCCUUCUUCUCCUUCUUAUCUAUGGUUUCUGAGUCUCUGCACCGUGCCGAGGAAGCCAAGGAGAGCGCUGAAGAAGUCGUGCAUGCAGUUCCCGCUCGUGUCGCUCGAGGUGGCGGUCUCAUCCUGCGGAAGUUAGGAUUUGGAGUCCUUGGUGCUGCUUAUGUCUGUUUGGUUUUGGUUCUGGUUUUGGUUGUUUCGGUCUUGCUCGGUGUCGGAUUAGUCCGGUUGUGGAUGGAGGAGCCUGUGUUUGUUCGGGAGCCUUUGCACUUCGAUUACACUGAUGUGAAUCCCAGUGCCAUCGUUACAUUCGGAGGAAAGAGAAGGAUGCUUGGGAUGAAGGCGUGGGGAAUUCCGGUGGGCCACACUUUCCAUGUUUCAGUCAUGCUCCUGAUGCCAGAAUCGGGCUUCAACCGCCAGGUUGGAGUGUUUCAGUUAACUGCAGAGGUCAUCUCAGCUACUGGAAGUAUUCUUGCAAGAUCCAGCCAACCAUGCAUGUUACGCUUCAGAAGUCUUCCCGUUCGACUGAUGCGGACUCUUAUUAUGGCCAUACCUCUCUUAAUGGGGAUUUCUAGCGAGACCCAAGAAGUAACAGUUGGGAUUCUAAGAUACAAAGAGGGACAUCCAAAAACCAAGACUAUUAGAGUAUCGUUGAAGCCAAGGGCUGGAACUAUGGCUCUCCCUGAACUGUACACCGCGGAUAUAAUAAUGAAUUCUCAGCUCCCUUGGAGAAAAGAAUUAGUACGUAAUUGGAAAUGGACAUUCUAUGUUUGGGCUUCCUUGUACAUAUAUAUAACAAUUCUGGUGAUUCUGAUCUGCUGCAUGAGGCCCAUUAUUUUCCCAAUGAUGAGUGUCGGGGACCGCAAUCAGAUACAUCAUCAGAGAGAGCAGUCUUUCCAAGGCAUAAAGGAUCAACAGUCAAGUGUAGGAGGCAAUAGAGAAAUCUCCGAUACAUUGAGGAAAUGGCGUUUGAGAAGAUACAAGAGGAAGGCGUCGUUUGCAACCAGGGUUAUGUCUGAUCCUGUUGAUGAGGGUUCUGCUUCGAGUGUUACAAAAGAAGAGACUGGAGAGGUCGUUGAAGAUUCCUGCGAUUCGGAAGCACCAGAAUACGAGUUCACAAGCCCUUGAGUGGUUUCAUCUCCUUUUUAUGACAUGGGAAUUGAGCAUAUUAUUGUCUCAGAUAGCCUUGUUUCCUUUAUGUUUCUUCUUUAGUUCUGAUGGUCCAGUGAGGUGCCACCAAGGUUCAAAGUAUCUCCCAACAGUGGUAUGUAUCUGCGCAGAUUCAAAGUAUAGCCGAAAGUCGUAUGUAUGGCCCAAAAUAGCCUGGUUACCACCAAUAACGGCAGUGAACGAUACAAUAUGCGGAAGUCGAUUUUCAUUGCUUGGUGACCACUGCUUGGAUGUUGGAGAUUGAGCUUUUGGGCCCAGAUCAGAUAGCGGGGACAACCCUAUCAUGGAACCUAGUUAUGAGUCUGAUGGAAAUUGUUCGAAUAUUAGACCAUUUUAAUCUUGGAGUAUCAUCUGAAACUAAUACAUUUUAUCUCCUGUUCAUGAUGCAUUACCGUUAUCAAAACUUAUUUACCUACAUGUAAAUGUUUAUCCAA